AUGGCGCGGGUGGUGCCAAUUUGCCUUCACGGCGACGAAGGCCGUGGAAAGCGUCGCAGCCAAACCACGGUUGUCAGCUGGGAGUGCGUCCUGGGCAUGGUCGCUGCACCCACUCGGUGCUCUCAGUGUAAGCCAACUUCUUUGCCCGAAGAUAAUGGUGUUGGAUGGGGCGGAAACCCACUAGCAAGAGAUUUGGUCUGCAACCUGAAGGGGCACUCGUUCAUCCAACACUUUCCUUUGUUCGUUCUUCCAGGAACAAUUUGGAAGGCGUACAAAACGAUUACGCACAAAAUGCUCCAACGGGUGGCUUCUGAUUUUCAUGACCUCUUCUAUCACGGGGUGGAGGUCGAUGGGAACACAUGGUAUGCUGCGGCAAUUGGGAGCAAGGGGGAUUUAAAAUGGUGGUCGAAGAUAUGUCACCUCAAGCGUGGUUACGAGAACAAAGGAAAAAAGAGUGACAUCCCGCAUUGUCACGCCUGCCUCGCUGGCAGUGCAGGGCUUCCUGCCGAAGAUCUGGGGUCGUCCCCAUGUUGGGUGUCAACAAUCUACAAGGUUCGCCCAUGGGAUGUGGAGAACCCACCAGACCUCGAUAUGGUUCCGUAUGAUACUGAGAUGCCUGAAGCCUUCUAUAAGCACGAUUCAUUUCAUACUUUGCGUUUGGGCAUUUACCGUGACUUCUGCGGCAGUGUUGUGUUCAUGCUGUUGCACAUGGGCUACUUUGGUCCUGGCGAUAUCGAUGCAAAGCUGACCGCUGCCCAUAACCACUUUCAUUUGUGGCAGCUUGCAACCCACAAGCAUGCGGCUCUUCGAAGUUUCACAAAACACCUUCUGUGCUACAAGAACGCAAAAUCGUUUCCAUGGUUCAAUUGUAAGGGGUCUGACUGCGCCCUUUUGGUUAUGUGGAUCCACACCUUAGUCUGUGGAAUUCUGGUUGGUGGGGUGCCGCGAGAUCAUCAAAGACCCUUGGAAGUGAUCCGGGACACUGCUGCGGUGGCCACGGACUUCUAUGGCAUAGUGGUCAAGCACAACAUGUUUUUGACCAGGGAUUGUGGCUCCUCAUUGGUGGAAAAGGGUAGAUCCUUCAUCAACGGAUAUUCUAUCCUAGCCCAGCUCUCAUUCACCUUCCAGUGGUGCUUGUUCGCUAUCAAGCCGAAGGCCCAUUUUUUUCGGCACAUCGUGUAUGAGCUGGAGAGUCAAUUGGCCCGACAAAACCAAUUGCUGUUGAACCCGUUGCUAUUUGAUUGCUCCCAGAACGAGGACUUCAUAGGCCGAGUAUGCCGGAUGGCCCGCAAGAUCGACCACAGGGUCAUGGGAGUGAGGGUCUUGACCAACUACUUAAUCAAGGCGGGGCUUCUGUACGACCGUGCUGUGCAAAACAAGAAGCAACGACUGGCCGCUUAA